GACUGGUCUCUGAUGUGUCCCAACGAAUGCCCGGGCCUAGAUGAAGUCUGGGGAGAGGAGUUCGAGAAACUCUACGAGAGCUACGAGAAGCGGGGCCGCGUGCGCAAGGUGGUGAAAGCCCAGCAGCUGUGGUACGCCAUCAUCGAGUCCCAGACGGAGACGGGGACCCCGUACAUGCUCUACAAGGACUCCUGCAACCGGAAGAGCAACCAGCAGAACCUGGGGACCAUCAAAUGCAGCAACCUGUGCACCGAGAUCGUGGAGUACACCAGCAAGGACGAGGUUGCGGUUUGUAACUUGGCUUCCAUAGCCCUGAAUAUGUAUGUCACCCCAGAGCACACUUACGACUUCAAGAAGCUGGCGGAGGUCACCGGGGUCAUCGUCCGAAAUCUGAAUAAGAUCAUUGAUAUCAAUUACUACCCUGUGCCGGAG